AUGGAGGGCCCCGAUGCUCAAGGUACGUGUUUGCCUGUUCGAAUCAUAGAUGGUCCAAAAGAUGCCUUCGUUUUGCUUAACUCUGAUGCUGCAUUCAACUGCACAGUGUCCAGACCUUGGACUAUUAUUAUCUGGAUGAUGAAUUCGACACCAGUCCUUACUAUAACACCUGAUCGACCCAUAGUCACAGACUCUCAGUUUGGACAGCGCAAUUAUACAACUCCACAAGCAUUUACUUCAGAACUUAUUAUCUCAAGAGUGUCAUUGAAAAACAAUGCGACCGUGGAGUGCAGUCUCCAGACUGAUGGAAGACAACAGGCAAAUUUGUUUGUGCAAGUUGAAGGGAAGUUAUUUUUUGAGAGCAAGAUUUCAUCCGUGGUGACAAAUCACAGCACAGACAUCAUCUGUAAGGCAGAAGAUUGGAAUCCUGAUCCAACAAUCACCUGGACAAUAAACCGAACAACUGUACAUUCAGAAAGGUACACCACCAUCAUUCAUCCACCUUCAGGACAUCUCUACACAGCCAUCAGCACCUUAAAUCUCACCCUUAGUGCCGAUGCUGAAGUAAUGUGCCUUGCUGCCAUCAAAGCACUUCCUCAGCCUAAGACAGUUGCACUUAACAUCACUGUGAAACCAUCCAGUCACGAUCGGACCUGGUUAAUUGUUGCUAUUGUGGUGCCUAUUGCUGUGGUUCUCCUGCUUAUAAUACUCAUCAUUGUGAUUGUUUGCUGCAUAAAACGGAUCAAACACUCCGAAUCCAGUUAUCAAGAUGAAGUAAGUGAAAGCCCUAGGUUUGGAAGGGGCCGUCAAAGUGGACUUGCUGAGUUCAAGCAGUGCAUGCAGACAGGUUCUGCUAUGUUUGCGAGAAAGAGAAUGAAUGCUGAGGCUGGUGGUUAUGAUGCCAUCAAGCAGGCUUUUUACUCCUGGAAGGUGUCGAGCUUCUUAAGAGUUCUUGGAGCUGCAAUCAUCCAGUUCAUGAGUAUACUUUAG